AUGAAAGGAGGAAUGAAAUCCAAAACUUCAUCAUCCAAAAUCAAAGCAGAUAAAAUUAAAUCACUUGCAAUACCAAAACCUCCAACGGUAGUACCUCCUCCUUCAGUUAAUCCUUCAUCAUUCACUUUAUUAUAUCCAUUUCAAACAUUAAAGAAGCUAAAAGAUUUUAAAAAGGAUUUCAAAAUAUUAAAUAAACCAACUGACCCAAAAAUUCAACCGUUAAAGGAAAAAUUUAGUCGCCCUUCAUUUGCACCAUAUCCAUAUUCAUACGAAAUCGAUCAUCUGGAAUAUUCAAAAGGAAACGUUACUUAUUUAUUUGCCAUUAACAUUAACACCAGAUAUUUAUAUUGCAUUCCGGUGAAAGGGAAAACAGAACAGGAAACAAGAAGAGCUAUACAAUACUUACUAGAUCAUGAAAGAGUAGAUAAUAUAAGGGGUGAUGGUGAUAAAGGAUUUCAGGCAGCUAUGGCUCAUUAUUUCCCACAAAUUAAUUUUUACUUUUCAUCCUCUCCAUAUACGUUUCAUAAUAAAAUAGUUGAUGCGGUAAUGAGAACUCUUAGAGAUGCGUUAGGAGUUAACGGUCAGAUAUACUGGGAUGGAAAUCAUGACUCCAUCAUACAGCAGUUAGUAUAUAUUAUUACAAUAAUACAUGGCAUAGAACUAUAA